AUGUCAUAUCCAGUUAAAAACUCUGACGUUGAAGGACAACAUCUUCUUAUUUCUGUAGCAUUUGCUUAAUUAAGCAAAAUUAGACUUAUAUUGGCUGUACUAAAUUUACAAAAAUUUAUUAGAUUCUGCUCUCCUUAAUAACCGCUUCUCUAUUUGCAUUGGCCUUAAAAUAUUCUAAUAAACUAUAUACGAAUUUCCUAUUUAUUUAAUGCGACAAUGAAGACACAGCGACUCAUUAUCUGAUAACAACCUCAAAAAAUGAAUAACUUGUAUGUCCAAGACAUUUUAUCAAAGAUAAACCCUAUUUCAUAUUUAGGUUCAUAUUACAAUUAACAAUAGGAUGUUGAAAUAUAGAUUCAAUUCUUAAAUCCAAAGUUUUGAGCCUAUAGAGUUCGAGUCUAAAGGUAGAAUCAUUUCUGAAAUGAUUAAAUUUCGAAAUAAAUAAGACAGGAAUCUAAAACGUGAAUAUUUUGGCCAUUGUUCUCUACAAAUACCAAUAGAUUCUAUUUUUAUCUAUUCAUUUAAUGCUUUUACAGGUGCCUUCAAUUUAUUGUAAUAUUUUGCAAUUGCUAUAUGGUUUGCUGAAAACACUAUUUUAUCACCAAUUUUAAUUCUCGUUUUUACUGUGUUGUCAGUUUAUGUUAACUAUUUUUUAUAUGUUCGCUCUAGAAAACGAUUAUAACAAUUGGCAAAUUAUGAGUAGUCUGUUGAAAUUGAGGAUAGAGAUUAAUUAAAACCUGAUCAAAUUUAUCAGAAAGUACCAAGUAGUUGGUUAUUGCCAGGAGAUUUAUUGAUUUUGAAAGAGAAUCAAAUUUUAAAUUGUGACUGUGCAAUAAUUGAAGGUGAUGUUUUAGUGAAUGAAGCAUCAUUAACAGGAGAAGACAUUCCCAUUCCUAAAUGUGCUUUUCAGAAUUAAAAUGUAGAAUUUUCAUUUGAAAAGAUGAAUUAAAAUUGUUUAUUUGAAGGUACAAAACUAAUUCAAGCCAACCAUAGUGUUGCGAUAGUAUUAAGAACGGGAUUUAGUACUUUAAGGGGAUAAUAUUUUAGAAAUGUACUUUAUCCACAUCCAGGGUCAAUGAAGUUUUAUAUUUAAGCAGCAAAAUUUAUUUUAGAAAUAGCGUUCAUAAUGGCAGUUGUUUAUGCAUUCUUUUUAAUCAGCUAUAUUCCUAUGGAUUUUAAACCAAGUCUAUUAGUCUUAAGAUUUUUGGAUAACAUUGUUUGGUCUAUACCUCCUUCUAUGCCUAUUUUUUUUUAGGUAUGCAAGACUUCUAGCUUAGUUAAAUUGGAGAAAAAAGGAAUAAUUGGAAAUAACGCAGAGAAAAUAGAAUCAGCUGGAACAAUAGACACAUGUUGUUUCGAUAAAACAGGUACAUUAACAACCUUAGGAUUCAGAGUUAUCAAAGCUAUUCCUCAAUAAGAGUAACCAAUAUUGAAUGCUAUUAUGGGUUGUUGUCAUCAUUUGAUAAGGGUUAAUGGGAAUAUAAUAGGUGAUCCAUUGGAAAUUGAAAUGCUCAAAUUUGUAGGUUGGUAAUGUAAUUUUGAUUAAUAACCUACUAUUAUCAAUGGAAAUAAUAAAUAGUUUGUGAUUCAUAAAAUAUUUGAUUUCAAUACUCAAACUUCUACGAUGAGUGUUAUUGUUUCAGUUGAUCAAAAAUACUUCUUAUACACAAAAGGUUCUCCUGAGUCAAUCAAUUAGAUAGCUCAAAGCAAAAGGGAUGAUUUAAUUAACGAGUUUAAUAUUAAUGCCAGUAAAGGUUAUAGAAUAUUGGGAUUAGCUUAUAAGGAACUUCAAAACAAUCAAAUAGAUCUAGCAAGGGAGCAAUUAGAGUAAUCACUUAGUUUUGUAGGCUUAUUAUUAAUGGAAAAUCCCUUAAAAUAAGAUACUGCUGAUGUAAUAGCACUUUUAAAGAAGAGUGGCCUUGAUGUUAAAGUAAUAUCAGGGGAUAAUCCAUUAACCACAAUUUAAUGCAGUAAGAUGGCUAAGAUAUUAUCAGCAGAUCAAGAUAUUUCAUUUAUAGAUUAUAAUGAAUAAGAUUAAUUGGUAACAAUUUAAUCAAAUGAUGAUAUAAAAAUCAUACAAAUUUAAUAAUAAAAUAUUUUCAAUUAAUUAAACGCAAUAAUUGAUGAUAAGUCUGAAUUGGCUAUCACUGGGAAAUUUUUAGAUUACCUGAUUACUUAGAGUAAUUUAAAAGGUAAUAUUAAUUUAAAAAAUCAUUAUUAAACUAAAACAACCGGCAAAGAUAUAGCAUUUACAGAAAUCACUUAAAUAGACACAGAAGAUGUAAACGUUAAGAAAUUUCUUAUUAAUCUUUUAAAAAAAACAAAAGUAUUUGCUAGACAGAAACCAGAAUAAAAGAAGCAAAUAAUUUAGAUUCUAUAAAGUUUUAAUAAACAAGUAUUAAUGUGUGGAGAUGGAGCUAAUGAUUGUGUAAUCAAUUUAUUAAAACAUUUUAGUCUGCGAUCUCAUAGGCCUAAGUGGGUAUUUCAUUCAAUGAAGCAGAUGCCUCUUACACAGCGCCAUUUAUUAGUAGAUCCGAGUCUAUUGAUUGUGUUAUUAAGAUACUUUAAUAGGGAAAGGCAGCAAAAAGAAAUUUCAUUGAAGCUUUUCAAUAUUAGGUUAGUGUAAAUGUAAUCAAAUUUAUUGCUGUGCUAUUUACGUUUCUAGAAGCUGAAACUUUUGCUGACUUUUAAUUCACAUACACUGGUAUCAUUACAACAAUUCCUUUACUCACUUUUUUAUGCAUGUCAGGACCUUGUGAUACAUUAGCAGAUCAAAAUCCUUUAGAUGACUAAUUUGCUUUAAGUAAUCAAUUGUAAAUUUAUAAUAAUAUCAUUUGGGGAUCAAUAGGGUAUCACUUAUAAUUUAACUUUUUUUAGCUUAAUCAUUAAUUAUUUCAUUUCUUAAUCAGCACGAAAUGUUCACACUUGUUAAUUCAAUUAACCUAUUGAUAACUGUAUUCCAAAACCAAUUCAUAGUUUAAAACAAUCAGGUGAUAUUCAAUCCAUAAUGUUUCUGAGUGUUAUCUUUUACUUUAUGACCUUUGCUAUUAAUCUCUAUGUGUCAAGUCCAUUUAAAAUUAGAUAUUAUUAAAAUAGGCCAUUAUUAUUAUGGACUACUCUUGGUUUUGUCAUAUUCUUUGUAGCUGCAAUUUUCCCUAAUAAAGGUGGACAAUGGCUAAAAGUGAUAGAUAUAAGCGAAAAUACGUAAUCUGAAUCUGUAAUUUAUAGGUAUAAAGGAUUUAAUUGGAUUAUGAUUGCAGUUCUAAUAGGCACAGCAAUGAUUGGAUCUCUUACAUAAAGAUUCCUGACUAAAAUUUAUCCUUCAUAAUAAAGAAUAUGA